CUGACCGAAUCAGACUGAAGUUCCUCUGAGCUGCGCAGAGAAGAGCAGACAGACCAAACUGACCAAACUGACCUCCGGCCUGUCUCUGAGCUCUCAGCGCUGUCCGGACCGAACCUCAGCUCAGACUGACCCUUCCCUGCUGCUUUAAUCACUUUAAUCUGUUUAGAAUAUCACUUUCUCCGGAUGGAGCUCAGAUUAGCGCACUAGCUAACUCUGCUAGCUGACUGUGCUAACGGCAGGGCGGAUUCCGCGCGUUUGUUUGUUUAUUAUGUGUUUGUUUGUGUUUUGGCGGAUAAGAUAUGAAGCAGCUGAUGGAAUUUGAGGAACUACGUUUGAUCUUUUCGCUGCUAAAGUCUUUUUACAGCUGAAGCUGAUUAGUUAGCACCAAGCAAGCUAGCUUAGCUUCAGCACUAUUGUAUCUCUAUGGAGCAGUUUAGCUUAGCAUAGCUAGCUAACUAAUAUGCUGAGUAUCAGAGAUGUUUUAGUUCUGUUGGAGAGAUUCGAGCUGCAGAUUUCUGCUGGUCAGCUUUGUCUGUAGCCGGACAGUUUGCUGUCCUCCAGCUGUUACUGAAGCCGUAAGGCUCUCUUAUGGAUCCAGGAUGGAGAACAGUCUCCUGAUCAUCACCCUGCUGGGCUGCAGCGUUGCUGUUCUGGAUGUUCAUGGAUUUGAUGAGGUGCGGGUGCGGCUGGGCAGUGCGGACGGGUUCCGCUGCUCCGGUCGAGUGGAGGUGUAUCAGGGUCAUCAGUGGGGGACGGUGUGCUCGCGUGGGUGGGACCUGCGGGACGCGGCGGUGGUCUGCAGGGAGCUGGACUGCGGCUUCGCCUUCGCCACUCGCGGCGGCGCGCACUUUGGCCGCUUCAGCGGAGAGGUGUGGUGGAGGAACGUCCGCUGUUCGGGGGACGAGUUCACGCUGGACCUCUGUGAACGUUCCCUCAACGAUGGAGUGUGUUCACACAACGAGGACGCGGGAGUGGAGUGCACAGGUAAGCUACCUGCGCCCACGCUGACCAUGCAGUCGCCGUUCUCUGCUUACUCAGCCGGAGAGGCGGUGCUGUUCACCUGCACUGCCCCCUACUGGCGCCACCCCAUAGACGUCCACCUGUAUAAGAGCGGUGUGGACACUCCUCUGGUGACUCAGCGGGCAGAUUUGAGACAGACUCGAGUGGAGCUGACCCUCUCUGAACUGGAAACAUCUCACCAGGGCAGCUACAGCUGUCUGUACCGUAUCCAGGGCAACCCCGGCAACUCACCGUCCAGCAACAUCAUCAACAUCACCGUCUUGGAGAUCCACACUCCUCAGAUCUGGUAUAACGCGUCUCCGUCGGUGCGGCCCGGCUGGGUGAACCGAGGGCAGAGCUUUAACGUGACCUGUUCCACGCAGCCGCAGUAUCCGGGCGGCUCCUUCCAGCUCCGCCUGAUCCGACCCAACGGCACCGUGCGCCACUCUCUGCCCGCCCUUGCGCCCUUCGUCACCUUCAGCUUCUCAAACGCACAGGCCUCCAACGAGGGCUACUACUGCUGCCUCUACAAGGUCCAGUUCGGCGGACGCACGUUCGUCUCCAGAGAGAGUCAGCCGCUGGCCAUCAACGUUCGAGGAGCUGACCCGAUUCUGAGCCCUGUGGUCAUCAGCCUACUGGUGUCCGGUCUCACCUUCGUCAUGGCAACGUGUGCCAUCCUGAUUGUGGCUAAAGUUUACUGUAAGAGAGUGCGGAAGCCCACCGAGCUGGAGCGCGAGUCCAGAACCUGUGUGGACAACACGUACAUCGCCCUGACCAUUAAAUAACAGGAGAAUGACAAGCGAUCCAAACUCUGGACGUUUUUACUCCAAGCUGACCAAAUCGCAGAUGAAGAAUAAACCAAAGCUGUAAGAAGCUCCUCAGCUGGGAUCUUUAUAAACUCUAAAAGACAAAUCAGACCCUUAAAGCCGCAUUUUCAGCACUAACACAGAGGGGUUCUUACAGGAAGUCCACACUUUUAUUUUGUAAGACUUUUAGACUGAGAGUUCUUUCAGCUUUUCAGCACGUCACUUCAAUCAGGACCGAAACCGUAACUCUGACUCUGGCUAACGAGAGGAGGGCUUCUGGAUUUUUCUGAAAUAUUUCUGGAGUCAGUUGUGAAAAAGGUCUUCCAGACUGUCACAGUCACUUUCACCAAGCUGUGAAAUGUGGGUUUUUGUACGUUUAUACUUUUGCUUUGUUGUGUUAUUUAUUUUUUUCUACUUCAGUUUUUAUUAUUAUAAUUAUUAUUACUAUUAAUAGAUUUUUUUUUAUAUUUUAUUCUGAACAAAGCCUCCAUUGAUGCGUCAGUCAUGGAAGGCCAGGAAAACUGUACCUUCAGCACUGUGCAGAGCCGCUCCACUGAAACAGCACUAACGAAGCCAGCGAUGACGUCUGUUCGGCUAAAUCGGCCAGUUAGCCGAAAUAUAAACAGCUUAUUAACAGAUUAUAAACAGAAUUAUUCCUGUAACGGUGAAUGAUUUUAGUUUAUGGUGUUCAACAACAUUCCUUACAGAAAAACACACAUUUCACUCAAGAGUGUCUAAAAAAUCACAAUAAACACGUAACAUCACAUGAGUA